CGGCUGCGUAAGACUACUUUACUUAUUACUCACCAACAUUAUUAGGAAAACGAAAAAGAAAAAGGACAAUAAAUUGUAUCAUGUGUGUGUUUAUAAUUUAGUAUUCUGUUCCUGCCAUAAUAUUAUAUUAUAUGUUUAAUGUUGCCGACCUCUGCCUCGCACUGAAAUUCUAUUAAAAUAUCGAUUGAGUACAUCAGUGUUGCGGCGGAAACCGAGAACCCUUCGUGUUAUACUUACUUAUACGCGCUUGGCACAUAUAAGCACAAACACACACACAAAAUGAUGGUCAGAUCGGAUCCAAAUAGCAUGGUCAAUCGCGUGCGCAGGACUCUGAACAACGCGAUCAGGGAUGAGAAUUUCUACAUGGCUCAUCAAUUAUACAAAUCGCUCUAUUCCAGAUAUAUAAGCAUGCAAAACAAAAACGCUGCCAUAAUGACCCUGCAGGAAGGAAUUAUUGUCUUAUAUGAUAAUAAUCAAAUUAGCAUUGCAACUGAUUUAGCACAAUUAUUUGCGAAAUCUUUGUCAGCACAACACAUCAUUCCUUCUGAAAAUAUGUUUGAUUUCAUAAGAGAUAUAUUUAGCAAGUUUGGCCCAUCAUUAUCUGCAGAACGAGAUUCCAUGUUGAAUCCAAUCAUACAGUGGACAAUUGAACAUUGUCCAGAAUACUCAAUGGGACAUCCGGGUUUACAUAAACGUAUAGGAUAUAUCUAUUGGUCAGAGGCUAACUUUGCGUUAGCUCAACAUCAUUAUUUGAGAUCAACAGAUGGUUUAGCAUUCGCAGCUAUGUUGGUAGAAAUGCAUAAGACACGGGGACUAAAAUAUGAAGUUGAUUUAUUUAUUACACAAGUUGUACUGCAAGGGUUGUGUAUGCGUAACAUAUCAAUGGCACAGUCAACAUUUCAGUCAUAUACUAAGUUACAUCCUGCUAUAAAUGAUGAACCACCUUACAUUUUGCCGUUACUCAAUUUCAUAUGUUAUUUACUAAAAAUAUUAGAUGGUGGAAAACUAAAAACUUAUAUAGUACUUUGUGAGCAAUAUCAAUCAUCUUUGACCAGAGAUCCGAGCUACACUGAAUAUUUGGAUAAAAUUGGGCAACUUUUCUUCCACGUUAAGCCAUUUGAAAGGAGACCUAGACAACAACAUGGAUUUUUAGGUAAUUUGAUCAGUACAUUGAUGGGCGACUGUGAUCGUGAUGGAGAACCACGUCCAUCAUCCUCGCGUCCAAUUAAUGUAGAACCUCUUGAUUAACUCACAUUGAUUUAAUAAAAAAUAAUCUUUUUUCUUUUAAAACACCGGGUUUAAUUUAUAUUAAAAAAAAAAAAAUAAUAAUAAAAUAAUUUAACUAAAUAUUAUAUAUAGCAAUUUAUUUGUGUUUUCUUUCUAAUUAUUAUUAUAUUUUUUAAAUACAAUUUGUAAAAUCCAUAAUCUCAAAAAAAAAAAAAAACAUUAAUUUAUAUGUUUUAUUGAUGUUUAAAGAUUUUAAACUUAAUAAUGUAUAUAAUUGUACUAAUGUAUACAUUUGUUUUGUUUAAUUUAACAUAAUCUGCAAUCAUAAAUUUUUAACUUGUUUUUUGCUUAUCUUUGAGGAUAGCUACAAUUAUAGUUCUUUAAAAAAUGUACACUAAACAUUUUAAAUGCUUAUGUAUUAAAAUAUAGUUUACUAAAUGUUUCUUAGUAUGUAUUUAUAAAUCUAUUUUAAAACUUAUACUAUAAUCAUACUAUGUGUAUAUACUUAUAAAUAAAUUCUUAAUAUAAAUAAUAUAUGUAA